UGGAGUUUUGCCGGACAGUGCAUCUUUUAGUGUUUCAGUGACCUUAUUCGAACAUCUGUUCACCUAAUUCCGGAAAAAAUUAUCCAAGAGUUGCGACGAGGUAAGAAGAGGUGAAGGUGGGAAGGAGAAACCCAGAAAAGGCAUGGCAGCAGGACAACCGCCAUCGCAACCGCUACUCUCUCCUUAUCAGAUGGGCAGAUUCGCCCUCUCCCACAGGGUGGUAUUGGCUCCGAUGACGAGACAGAGGUCUUACAAUAAUAUUCCUCAGCCUCAUGCAGCCUUGUAUUACUCCCAAAGAACCACUCAAGGUGGACUUCUAAUAUCUGAAGCCACUGAGGUCUCUGGCACUGCUCAAGUAUAUCCAGAUACACCUGGAAUAUGGACACAAGAGCAAAAAAAUGCAUGGAUACCGAUUGUACAUGCUGUACAUGAUAAAGGUGGGAUUUUCUUCUGUCAGAUUUGGCAUGUAGGAGGAGUUGCUAGUGGUGGUUUUGAACCUAAAGACGACACAGUAAUUUCUCCUUCUGAUCAGUUAGUGGCACAAGAAACUCUUAUUCACCAUUUCAGAUGUGCUGCAAGGCAUGCUCUUGAGGCUGGCUUUGAUGGCGUUGAGAUCCAUGCUGGCCAUGGUUACAUAUUAGAAUUAUUGUUGAAGGACAGCACAAAUAACCACAAAAAUGAGUGUGGAGGCAAUUUAAAAAAUGGUUGCAGCUUUAUAUUUGAAGUGGUUGAGGCGAUUGUCCAGGAAAUUGGAGCAGACAGAGUUGGUAUCAGACUCGCACCUUUUGCAACUUAUGCAGGGUUUAGUAUCAAAAACCCUGAAACUUUUGGCCUUUACAUGGCAGAAGCAUUAAACAAGUAUGGCAUUCUAUAUGCACACUUUGUGGAACCAAGUCCUAACAAAAGGGUCGGACCUCCGAACAGUUUACUUGCGUUUAGGAAGGCCUUUAAAGGAACUUUCAUUGCAUGUGGAGGUUAUAGCAAAGAUGAUGGUAACAAAGCAGUUGCUGAAGGAUAUACAGAUCUUGUCGCUUUUGGCAAAUAUUUCUUGGCUAAUCCAGACCUGCCUAAGAGGUUUGAGCUUGGUGCUCCUCUUAACAGAUACAACAGAGAUACAUUCUACAUUCGAGAUCCAGUUGUCGGAUACACUGAUUAUCCAUUCCUUGAUACACUUGACCCAUAAGUUUUCACCAUCCCCUGCAUCGUUGUAGAAAUUCCUUUUGGUGUGUGGUUUGCUCCAUAAGUAGAGGUUGCCAACCAACUCGCAUAAUAUAGUCUCUAUGGCAUCCUCCAUCUGGCAGGAGAUGGUUGUGUUAUUAUGCAUUUUCCUUUUUUCCAAAAUUCAAACUUGAAUUUUCUUGUUUUGGUUCUUUAAGUUGUCUAGUCUUGUAAGUGUUGGGAGUGCAAUUCUCAAUGUAGGGAUGCAUUGUAGUUCUGCUGAGUGAGCUUCUCAUAACACAGAGUUCAGGCGGUUUAUGAUCCAGCCUGCAAUUCUUUUGCUCAGUUCAAUGGGUUCUAUUUCUA